CAACAACAACAACAACAACAACAGGAUCCCGCGGCAAACAACAACAAGAACUGUAAGAGCAAGUGCUUUACUUUACAACUGGGUAACACAGAGUGUAAGAUCAUCUGCGACCCUCCUGUUAUUGAACAACCAACACAAGCACCAGCCUAUGGUCUGUACCCACAACAAGGGGCAUACGGACAACAGUAUCCUUAUAUGGGACAAAUGCCGUCACCCUGUGUCCCUCCCGCGUGCCAACCCGGUCAGAUGUACGCUGGGUACAUGCCGGCUCAGCCAUACCCCGGACAGGGAGUUCCGGCUCCCGGUGUUUAUCCCCCAGUUGCUCCAAGACCAUCUCCUGUUCAGGAGGGCUGUGUGGGGCGGUCAUGUGAUCAAGAACAAGACGAGAAGGCUGAUAAACCUGCUAAAGACAAACCGGAAAAGCAAGACAAACCGGCCCCUGCUCCGCCCAAGCCUGCCCAGGCUCCAUCUCCAUACACUUUUCAGACCCCAAGCGCUACUGUUGUGAUGGACCCAAUCAGAAUCACAUCACAACCUGAACCUCAGAUACCACUUGCUCCUAUGAUUCCUGGUCAAAUACCAAUGGCUAUGCCCCAGCCUUAUGCUAUGCCCCAGGCCCCACAGGUCCCAUAUGAUAUUUCCAUCUCAGGGGUGGCCGCACCACCACCUCCACAGCCCCAGGCUCCACCGCCGGCUCAGUAUUUCAAACCAAUGCCUAAAGGCUGUGACGAUUACAGCCAGCCAAGAUGCCGGGUCUUCCUUGAUUGGCCCACGGAUGAACGUAACGAGAUUAAAGCAUCAUUGCGAUUCAAACAGAACUGGCACAGUGACUACAAACGUCCCACUACAACAAAAUACAAGAUCUUUGCUGCUGAAGUAGAGAAAGGGAUAAGGGACGUUUACACUCAAGAUCGAAAUUUCAGAAGUGUGAAGGUUACAAGCUUAAGCGAAGAAGACAUGAAGGUAGCGGCCAAUUUUAUUCUGGAGUUUGCUCAGCCAGAGAAGGGCGCCCUGAGAUAUCUAUCACACGCCAUAUCCCAUAAUUACCUGGAAAGCAUGCCGGUAUACAAGAAUACCUUACUACGGGACGGUCUCACUCACCAUCACCGAUCUAUUGUUGCCACUCAAAAGGAGCUAGACGCUGUUCCUAAAGUCAAAGUUGAGAGCAGCCACAAGCAGGAAGAUGAAAUUCUCACAACAAUAUCAAGCUCUUAUCAGGGAUGCUUCAGGGACAAAAAGCCCGGCCGUGAUCUUCCAAAACAGUUCACCAAGUACGAAAUGACCCCUGAAUGGUGUGUUGGGAAGUGCAAGCUUGCAGGGUACAGUUAUGCUGGUCUACAGUAUGGAUACUUGUGUUUCUGUGGUGACAAGUUUGGCAAGUAUGGCCGAGCCGACGAUCGCGACUGUGACAGUUUGUGCUUUGGUGAUAAGACUAGGAAUUGUGGCUCUUUCUGGCAUAAUUCCAUCUUCUCUGUUGGUAAGGACUUUGAUAGCAACACUGAGUGAAAUUUGAAUAACGGAUUCAAA